AUGGCGCAAGAUAGUCUAGUCUGGUCGUCCCAGUUUGCGGUCGCAUCGCCAGAAAACACACCUCGACUGCCCGGCGAUAAGAUCACUCUACCUCAAUCCGCCCUCGAGCAACUGCUAGCUGCGGCUCCGCUUCAAGCUGUGCCCGCUGGAAAUUCUCGAGUACACACUGCGUCAUUCGACCCAUUCAACCCUCACACUUUCGCCGCUGAAUCGCGAGCCCGGCAAGAGAUCGAACAACGCCAACAGCAACUCCCCCACCCGCUGACCUUUCGCAUUGUCAAUCCGCAGAAUGGCCGGUUCAUUUACGCGGGUAUCCGAGAAUUCUCCGCCGAGGAAAAUGAAGUCGCGCUCAGUGCUUUGCUCAAAGAAGCAUUGGAAAUCACAGAUGAAGAUCUUGCCACAAAUGGGGAAGCACAGGACUCAACUGAAGCGCCACCUGCCCCAACUAGCCCCGCAGUCACCGUCCACGCAAAGCAACUGCCCAAAGGCACGUAUGUACGGCUUCGUCCACUAGAAGCUGGAUAUGACCCUGAGGAUUGGAAAGCCCUGCUAGAACGCCACUUGCGGGACAAUUUCACAACGCUCACUAAUGGGAUACUUCUUACGGUACCCGGGACCCGGAAUGAAUCAUUCCGAUUCUUGGUUGAUAAAGUGUUUCCCGAGGGCGAAGGUAUAUGCGUGGUAGACACAGACCUGGAAGUUGACAUUGUGGCGCUUUCGGAAGAACAAGCUCGGGAGACGCUACAGAAAAGACUGGAAAAAGCCUCACGUGCGCCGGGCACCAGUACAGGCAGCUCGCUUGGUGGGAUCCUGAGUCUCGGAGAGAACGUGACGGCCCAAGUCCUAGCUGGAGAUUAUGUGGACUACGAGCUCCGGGAAUGGAAUCACGAGGACACUAUUUGCGUCGAACUGAUCUCGGACGACCCAAAUGUCAGUCUAUUUGCUAGCCCGCUUUCCAGUCGCCAGCAAAGUCGCUCACGGGCGGACAUGCAUGUCUGGGGGGAUUUCUCCAACAAGUCAUCCAAGAAAUUUGAGCUUAGGCCUACAAAUGUGGCCCUGGAAGGCGCCGAGGCUCUUUACGUAUCAGUCUCAUCUGAUUCCCAACCGAGUGAUACAGCCACACCGUCUCCCUCGCAAUAUCAACUGCAAAUCACGGUGAACCCGGAAGGAUCUAAGAAAACAGAGGACACAGAAGAGCCUCAUGAACCUGGCGAUGUACAAUGCAAGAACUGCCAGCAAUGGGUCCCCGAACGGACGUUGGUCCUGCACGAGAACUUCUGUCUUCGCAACAAUAUCCUUUGUGGGCAAUGUAAUACCGUGUUCCAGAAGAGAUCCGAAGAGUGGCAGAAUCAUUGGCACUGUCCUCACGAUUCCGCAAAUGGCAAUGAUGCCUCAAGCAAGGAAAAGCACGACGCGAUAUUUCACCAGACACAUACGUGUGUUGAUUGUGCUUUAGACUUUGAAGGGCUACCAGCUCUCGCUCAGCAUCGCACCACAGACUGCCCCGGGAAGUUGAUUCUUUGCCAGUUCUGUCAUCUUCUCGUGCCACAAAAAGGCGAUUCCGACCCAGAGUUCCACGACCCAGAGGUGAUGCUCUCUGGCCUGACCCCUCAUGAACUUGUAGAUGGAGGACGAACCACCGAAUGUCACUUGUGCAAUAAGAUCAUCCGACUGCGAGAUAUGAACACUCACCUCCGUCAUCACGAUCUGGAACGUUCAUCUAGACCCACGCCCCGCAUCUGCUUGAAUGAGAAUUGUGGCCGUACAGUGAGCAAACCCGGCAAUGACACCCUCGGAUUGUGUGGGUUUUGCUUCGGGCCACUGUAUGUCGACUCAUUUGAUCCAGAGGGGAAGGCUUUGCGGCGCCGCAUUGAGCGCCGCUAUCUCUCUCAGAUGAUGACCGGAUGUGGCAAGCCAUGGUGUCAGAACAAAUAUUGCAAGACAGCAAAACAGAAUAUGACUUCGUCUGCUGGUUCACCCGCAAUGAGCGUUGCAGAAAUCAUGAAGGUGACCAAACCUCUCGCCGAAGUACUCAACACUAAACCAGAUGCUCCCAAUGUGGAGCCACUGUACUUCUGUGUUGAUGAAACAAGUCAUCAGCGUCGAAAUCUGGCAGAGUUGAUUGCGGCAGACACCUCGGACGAUAAGGUGUUUGAACUGCCAUGGUGCAUUGCAGGAGUUGAAGCUGCUGGUGGUGAUUUGGAGAAAUCAAGAGAAUGGCUAUCAAAAUGGGCGCCGACCAAGGCCACCUGA